AAAGAAGACGCCUCCACAUGGUCGGUUCAUGGUCAGUCAGUUGUACCAUAAAACAAGAGCGACCAGAAAUAAUAUUUGAUGCGCCGAAUCCAAUCUAAAAUGAGUGUUUUUCAUUUUUGCACAGCAAUCUGAUAUGUUUCCACCGAAAGUGAGGAGAAGCAAACGACUCUUAUUUACGAUAAUAUUCCUAACGCUCGUCCUAAUAAUAGUUUGGAGAAUACACAUCCGAACCAACAGAGAUGGCGACUUUCUCUCCAUUCCUAAGAAACACAUUUUUAGGGAAAGCGGGCAAGAAGAAUAUAUGGGAAAGAAUGGAAUCAAAGUGAUCGUGGGUCAUUACGUGGGCAAUUCCAAAAGAAACGUUCCCAACGCCACCUACGAUAUGCUGAACAAGAACAACUUCGAUCCGCGACCAGAGGCGGGAAGUAUGGGAAAUCCGGUCGUAGUCGAACCCAAAGAUCUCCUAGUGAUGCAGCAACUGUUUCAAAUCAAUAGGUUUAACCUCUUAGCUAGCGAUCGGAUACCUCUGAACCGUACUCUACCUGAUGUCAGACGGAAAAAGUGUCGCACGAAAUAUGACGAUUAUAAGACGUACCCCACAACUAGCGUUAUCAUAGUGUUUCACAACGAGGCGUGGUCGACGCUGCUGAGGACUGUUUGGAGUGUAGUGAACCGUUCUCCGGGAGAACUUUUGGAGGAGAUAGUUCUGGUUGAUGACGCAAGCGAAAGAGAAUACCUUCGGAAACCUCUCGAGGAUUAUUUACCCAAGAUCCCAGUGAGAACGAAACUCCUCCGUAGUCAACGACGCAUCGGAUUGAUCAAAGCCCGUUUGAAGGGGGCGGCCCAUGCGCACGGGCAAGUGUUAACAUUCCUGGACGCUCACUGCGAGUGCACUACCGGAUGGUUGGAGCCCCUAUUGUCUGUGAUAAAAAGGAACCCGAAGACUGUCGUCUGUCCCGUGAUCGAUAUCAUCCACGACGAUACCUUCGCCUACGUCAAGAGUUUCGAAUUGCACUGGGGCGCUUUUAAUUGGAACCUGCAGUUUAGGUGGUUCACUUUGUCCGGGAAACAAUUAGACGAGCGUAAACUAGACACCACUCAACCUUUCGAUACUCCUGCGAUGGCAGGGGGGUUGUUUGCGGUCGACAAGGCGGUUUUCUUCCAGAUCGGGUCCUAUGACGAGGGCAUGGACGUUUGGGGAGGGGAGAACCUGGAGAUGUCGUUUAGGAUAUGGCAAUGCGGGGGCAAAAUCCAAAUAGUACCCUGUUCCCACGUGGGUCACGUGUUUCGAAAAUCAUCGCCGUAUUCUUUUCCGGGUGGCAUUUCGAACGUCUUGUAUUCAAAUUUGGCUCGAGUCGCCCUCGUCUGGAUGGACGACUGGGGUAAAUUUUAUUUUAAGUUGAAUGAUAAAGCUCGCACGGCCAAAGAAAGGCAAAACGUCACCGCUCGAAUGGAACUCAAAGAGAGGCUGCACUGCAAGAGUUUCCGAUGGUACCUCGACACCGUCUGGCCUCAGCACUUUUUUCCCACGAACGAUCGUUUUUUCGGUAAAAUUCGAAAUUUGGGCAAGGACUUGUGUUUACUGAGACCGCUGCGGUCGGACAAAUGGAUCAAUCAGCCCAUGGGCGUUGCCAAAAUAGACAGGUGCCUAGAAGAUGACAUCGAAGAGGAGAUGUUUGUGAUGACUCAGGACGGAUUCAUCAUGACUGACGACUCCGUGUGCCUAGACGCUCCAGAAAGGGACGGAUUGGGUCCGAUGAAAGUUAGAAUACUCGCUUGCAGCGGUUAUUCGAGACAGAAGUGGGAACACGAGAAGAACAGUAAACAACUGCGACAUGUGAGCAAUCGUAAGUGCUUAGACGUCAGCAAAGAAAAAGGGCACGAAGCUGAACUUAUUCUAAAAGACUGCGACGGGAGCCGAACCCAGCAAUGGGAAUUCCACCCGAUUCCUUGGAAAUGAACCGCCUUUUGACGAUAUUUUUUACA